AUGGCGAACCCUCAACUAGGCAAGAGUGCCAUGGGUUCUGAUGGUGUACAGACAAAGUAUCUAGAAGACUACAUCCGUCGCGCAUACGAAGAUAUACAAGGAUUUCCUGAUUCCUCAUCGCGCAUCUUCACCAAAUCUCCAGGACCAGAACUCCAACGCGACCGCAAGAACCAUAUCAUACUAUACCCCGGGUCUUUUAAUCCACCACAUGUAGGUCACGCCGCGCUCCUCUGGCACGCCUAUCUCAACACAGAUGCGAGCGCUAUAGCGGUCAUGAUCUUCGCUCAGAGGGACGACUUGUUAGUUUCAAAGGACCACGUUACAGACGGCAAGGGUAAAGCAUUUAUACUCUCACACUACCAGCGUCGCCAACUUUGGAAAGACGACGGCCUAGGAAGAUUCGCGUGGGUAUUCCCAGCGCCCGAUAACGACAAGUUGGACCUAUUUGUAGCCACUAUCAAGCGGUUAACGAAGGCGGAUGGCUUCAAGAUAUCCUUCCCAACACUGUACGGAGGCGAUCACAUCAGUCAGAAGGCUAGGGUCGAGGAACUGUGUGAUUGGGAUGAUGGAAUAUGCAUCGGUAGCGAUGUCACACGGCCCAUGGACUUUGUGCCUGACGACGGUGGUGAUCUUUUACAACUGCAAGGCUGUGAAAAGUGGAAAAAGAUUGAAUGGACAGGGAAAGAGAGUGUGACCCCAAACUGCUGGCCUUGCUGGCCGUGUGCCAAGAUACGCAAGAUCUUCCCUGAGAGUGUCAAGAUGGAUGGAACAUUCUCGUUCGGUAAGCCUUCUUUCUGGUACCGUUCGAUCGUCCUUGAUUGCUAA